AACAAGGAGGUAAACGAUACAACCGCUGUUUUUAGCUCUAUGGAUGUGUGGUAUUAACUGAGAUAUGUAACUAAGAAACAAUGUCUUCAGUUGAGUAUUUGAGAGAGUUUGUCAACGAGCGACUAUCUGCUGCUGCUGAAGACAUAUUUGGCGUUUUUAAAAAUGCGAUCGUUGAGUACCAGGAAGAGAUCGACCGUCAACGCAGACUGUUGGCUAUCGCUUGGAAACCAUUAAUACAGUUACACAGGAUAGAGCUCCCACAGCAACAUGUCUGUAAGGAGGAGGAGGUUCUCUCUGACCAGCAGCUCUGUAUUCAGGAGAGGAACUCCAGUCUGGACCAAGAGGACUCAGAUGCUCCACAGAUCAAAGAGGAACAGGAGGAACUGUGCACCAGUCAGGAGGGAGAGCAGCUUGAACUGAAGCAGGAGACUGAGACCUUCAUGUUGACUCCUAUUGAUGAGGAAAGUGACCACAGUGAAGAUGAGACUCCAAACCUCAAUCCUUAUGACACUAUCGACUUACCCUUUAUAAGCUCUGUGGUAUCAGGACCAGAAAGUGACCACCAGCUCUUCUCCAACAACUCUCAUACAGCUGAGAGCCAAGAUCACAAACGAGCCAAGAAUGGAGACUCAAGAUCAACUAAACAUGCAGAGCCGAAAGUUAAGAAAAGACGUUGCAAAAGGAAGAGUCUCACAAAGAGUCAAUCUGACCCGACUACGUCAAAGAGUGACAGUAAUACUCACACGGAUAAGACGCUUAUUCAUUGUGACACGUGUGACAAAACCUUUAAGUAUAAGUCACAAUUGCAGAGUCAUCUGACCGUACACACAGGGGAAAGGUCUGAUUCGUGUAACACUUUAAAAUGUGACACAUGUGAAAAAGAAUUUAUCUACCCGUCAAGCUUGAUCAUUCACCUGAGAACUCACUCGGGUGAGAAACCAUUUUCUUGCAAAACGUGUGGUAAUAGAUUCAGUCACAAAUCAGCACUGAACUCUCAUCUAACAAUCCAUACAGGUGAGAAACCGUAUUCUUGCAAAAUAUGCGGGAGAGCUUUCAGACUCGGUGGUAACUUGAGAGUCCACAUGAGAAUCCACACAGGCGAGAAGGCAUUUUCUUGCAACGUCUGUGGGAAGAGAUUCAGUAAGUCAUUAUCAUUGAAUACUCAUAAAAGAAUCCACACCGGUGAGAAGGCACUUUCUCACAAAACAUGACGACAAACAAACAAACAAAGCCGAUUCCACGAGGCGUAGGUAUAGGCCCAGUGGCUGCUUGGUCCACAUGAGAAGAGCCCACUGGUGAGAAGCCGUCACCUCUGCGGUAAACGUGUGGGAGACAAUUCAGUUCUCGUGGUUCAUGAUCAAACACACCUUUUCCAAUUGAAAAGAGGUCACAAUGUUAUUGUAAUGAAGUAGGAGAUUAUGAACAAUGCCAUCAAGUUUUGUUGAACUAAUCUUGUUUUUUUUCCUUCAUAUUACUCGUUUUUAUCAGAAACAAUACUUCUGUAAAAACAUCUCCCUCAUCUUUGUUGCACAAUGAGUGCAUAGUUCUUACAAAUGUUUGACCUGUUCAAUUAUCUUUUUACAAUGUUUAUACACCACCCCAGAUAUAUGAGUUGAUUGUGAACUCUGUUGAAUCUGAGGAAGUCUCUCUCUUGUGGUCUUGGGUCACUUUAUGUUGCAUUCUUGUCAACUAGUCUUUUCUCUUUUAUCGUCUGCAACAUGUCGACUGUAAGUAAAGCUCUUUCAAUAUUCUGUAGCAGAGAUAUAAAUGAUAGAUAGCAUACGAAUGAGAUUCUAAGCAGACAUACUGUAUCCAUAAUCAGGGUUUCCACACGUCCUUGAACACCUGAAAAUAUCUGAAAAAAUUGACCAAGUUCCCAGUCAUUGAAAAUAAGAGGAAAAAUAAAAUGUCCUGGAAAAUCUUGUGUUUACUGGAAAAUGAUUUCAACAUUAUUUUAUGUUCCUUUAGCUGAGAAUGAAUUACAAGGAUAUCCAUUAGAGCUCCACAAAAUGGAUAACAUUGCCAUCUUAAAGAGAAAAGUUACGUUCAGGAUCAUAUUUCAGUUCAAAUGGUAGUUUAUGGAGGAGAGUGUUGAACUGGCUGCUCUCGUUUAUGUUGUGAAAACGCUAUGAACAACCCCUCAAG